AUGACUGACCAUGGAGAUGGCUGCAAUUUCUUCUUCAACACCACAUGCGCUAAAGGCGACAGCUGCCCCUUCAGACACUGUGAAGCCGCCAAGGGCAGUAAUUUCGUCUGCAGCCUGUGGCAGGACAGACGCUGCUCCCAACAGGUCUCCACAUUCUGCCACAUGCAGAUCAAGGUAAAUAGAAAGGAGAUUGCAUGUUACUUUGAGACCCAGCCUGCUGGCUGCCAGAAGCCGCACUGUGCCUUCCACCAUGACAAACCCCACUUCAUAGAAGGCCAAUACAUACCACCUAACAAAAGUGAGUAG